AUUUCGAUGACGGGGAUCCUCGGGAUGUGCGUCUUUGGAGCCGCACAUUGCCCAUUACUUGCUUUCGACAUUGGAUGAAAUCUAUUCCGACCAUGGCUUAGAAGCUUCUCUAGCUAUGCAUAGCGCUGGGUUUCGUCAUCUGUUAAGGUCAUUUUCUGGACGUGGCUUGAACUCAAAAUAGCAUCCACGACUUGAAGGCUACUCUUCACAUGGACUUUGAUUCGAGGUCUGCGGCCUAUCUGGCGGAGUCCGGGUCACGGUUGAAGACACAUGCAAACAUACUUUACGAGUGCUCAGAGUGCACGCUGCAAUGAACAGUUGCAUCGCCGCCAGGACACGACUCGGUUGUUGCCAAGCGAUCGUCAGAUUUUUGACUGACCUCAUUGCGCAGAGUUGACGGCGCUACGCAGGUUUAUGGCGUUCGAAUAGAGCUCUACAGCGUCUGCACUUUCCUCAUCGAGCAUUCUUGAACACAGAUCCUUUGCCUACCGGCAGUAGCUCGCGACGGAUCUUUACGUGGCGCACUUUCUUCGACCUGUGACCCAUCUCCACGCUUGAAAAUGUCUGUUUCAACGGUGCCUGUCCACUGUCUGGACCUGUUUAAAGGUCUUCGCAAACGCCACUCAUGAUUUGGAAGUCGGCACUUUUUUAAGCAUGGAGGUCCUUCUGUCUGACCUUGGCAAGAAAUACCCAAGGAACCCAGCACUUAUCGGAAGUGACGAUGACAAUGAUAUCAUCUCAUUCGAUGCCCUAAGUCAACAGGUCGAGCAGUUGCGAGAGAAUUUUGUCCAAUGUGGAGUGUCUCACGGCUCUGUCGUAGCACUCACACUCCAGAAUUCGACUCACCUAGCUCUGAUAUUCCUGGCGCUACUCGCUUGUGAUGCUACCAUUGCUCCCCUUAACCCGAAGUUCAAGGCGAGCGAAUAUGAGUACUACCUUGAAGAUGCCGACGCGCAAUUCAUCGUGGCGCCGUCGGCCGCCUGGUCGUCGGAGAGUGCUUUGGCAUCAGCUACAGACGGCCUACAAUGUGCGAGGUUAGAGUGCUUUCACGAGGAGAAGUCAUUGCGCGUCAAACAAGUAGGCUCGGCAAAAGGAGCGCUGCCAUCCUCAGACGCAAUCGGCAACACAGCUCUGAUAUUGCACACGUCCGGAACCACAGGGAAACCGAAACGAGUACCGCUUACGCUGGCAAACUUACUCGCCUCCACGCACAACGUGAUCGAGGCGUACAAGCUGGACGAUACUGACCGGACAGUGCUUCUGAUGCCCUUGUUCCACAUCCAUGGCAUCGUCGCCGGAUUGCUCGCACCGCUGCUCUGCGGCGCUGGCGUAGUCAUUCCAGUCAAGGGUGUGUCGGAUGACUUCUGGCAAACAUUUGUGAAUCACAAUGCGACUUGGUGGACAGCAACUCCUACGCAUCAAAAUGUUAUUCUCGGCCUACCCAAACCGACCUUCAAAACUCAGCUGCGUUUCAUUCGGUCAUGUUCGUCCGCUCUGUCCCCGCAAGACCUCCAGCGAUUAGAAGAGGCAUUUGGUGUUCCAGUCCUACAAGCAUAUGCUAUGACCGAGAACGCACAUCACAUUGCCUCCCAAGUACUCGGCAGAGAUCGAAAACCUGGCUCAGUCGGAUAUCCGUCACCCAACGUCGACGUCGUCGUUGUUGAUGAUGCUGGAAAAGUUCUGAGCAGUGACCAAACUGGUGAAAUUGCGAUCAAAGGUAAAUCCACCACGUUAGGAUAUCUGGGAAAUCCAGAAGCCAAUGCCAAGGCCUUCACGAGCUCAGGCCACUUCAGAACUGGCGACCGAGGGUUCUUCGACAAAGAUGGUUGUCUGUUUUUGACAGGCCGUUUGAAAGAGAUGAUUAACAAGGGAGGCGAAAGUUUGAGUCCGGUCGAGAUAGAUAACGUCUUGGUCUCGCAUGAGAAAGUCGCCGAAGCUGUAUCGUUUGCUGUCCCGGAUGAAGUGUAUGGAGAAGACAUCGGGGCCGCGAUCGUUCUUGCGAAGGGUCAAAAGCUGGCAGAGUCUGAACUGAUCGCUUGGCUGAGGGAAAAAGUCUCGGAAACGAAGCUGCCGAAGACCCUCUGGUUCGUAGAUGCCAUUCCGAAAACGGCGACAGGUAAACUACAACGUCUCACUGUUGCCAAGAAGAUGCUGGAGAAAAACCCUCAGACCUCUUCUUCCUCAAAUGGCGGUUCCGGCGGCGCGGUCGAGGAUCUGCGCAAGAUGUGGAGUGAUGUCCUUCGCAUUUCUGCAUCAGAGAUCAAGGAUUCUGACAGAUUCUCUGUCUUAUCUGGCGAUUCGGGCCUCGCUGUGCGGCUAGCUGGCAUGGCUAGGACCAGGAGUUACACACUAAGCUUGGCGAACAUCUUUGCGCAUGACGAGCUUGCCAAAAUGGCCACCGAGAUGCAUCCAAGCAAGGCAACGGAUGCUCUUGGAAACGGCGAUUACACCGCAGUGGACAAGGAUAUCCGCGCUCUCUGUGCUCAGGCACUUCCGAUCAAAGUUGAAGAUGUCGAGGAUGCAUACCCAAUGACUCCUUUCCAGUCUCACAUGGCCGCUGAGAAUCUCGAAAGUGGGACGUGGAAUUACUCGUAUGGCUUUCGCUGUGAGACCGCCGAUCUUGAGAAAGUCAAGCAGGUGAUGGAUCUGAUCCAGCACCGACAUGGCAUACUUCGAGCACAUACGGUUCGUGUUGAUGGACAAUUCUACCAGGCCGUUACGCGUGGCGCUUCGGACUGCGUUGAUGUUCCCUGUGUCAAGACAUACCUGCGCAAGCUCAGAGGGCAACCAAUACCACUAGGUGAUCGUUCAUGUCGCUUCAUCAAUUCAAAUGAAGACGGCACUCCGCUCUUUGUCCUGACUCUCGGACACGUUAUCAUGGAUGAGUGGACACGAUCCUUGAUUUUCAGAGAGCUCGAGACAGGGUUGAAAGACAUUGAUGAGUUGCGCAACAGUCCACUUCCCCCGCCAUUCGGCGCAUUUGCGCGAUGGAUUGAUUCGGUCAAACCUUCUAAUUUCCAGACCAAGUUAAUAGGUCAGAGUCCAAUGCCAUAUGAUAAGGAAAGGAUGAAACCAUUGACAAAAUCCGUCAAGCUCGAUAGGGAGCUACCUUCAGACCGCCCGUGGUUUGUGGCUACGCAUCUAGCUUGGGCUCUUGCAACGGCAGAACACGUCGACCAAUCUAAAGUCACGAUCAACACAGUUCAAAGUGGACGCCUGGCACCUAUGAAAGGCAUCGAAUCGAUACUUGGACCGACUCUCACUCAUUUUCGUCGAGAUAUUGACAUCAGUAGUGACCUGACACUCCAAAAAUCACUGGAUCAGAUUGCAGACAGCCUGCUUGCACCCGAGAACGCAAGCUUCGCCGGCACGAAUCUCUACGAGGAACGACACAAAGUAUGGAUGUUAAAUUGUGCUCUCUCAGCACCUCUAGCAACUGUCAACAAGAUUGGACAGCCGGAUGCGCAGCUGGAGCUGGAUCAAAAUUUGUCUGAUCGACUGCCGCCUGGCUUUGCCUUGAAUAGCAGAGCUUUCAGAAAUGGAGCUGAUGGCAUUGAGCUUCGAAUAUCCUACGACAAUGGCUAUGUUAAUGAGAAGACUGCAGAAGCGACGAUUGAUCGCUUCGCAAAGUUCCUGAGUCAGGUGUGCCGUGCAGAUGGGGAACGGAAGCUUGGGGACAUUGUGAAGGAUGUGAAGUCAACGUAGAGCAUGCACAUACCUUGGGCGGGAUGUCCUGCUGUGAAUAGUUCACGCAUUAGCUGGGUAGAACGAUGUAGAUGGAUAGAUUGAGUUCUUCGUAUCACAC